AUGACACAUCCUUGGAUCACAAAAAGUGGUCCAGAAGAUCCUGCCUCGUUGCCCUUCUCGCUGCCAUGUACCCCACUCAACUCCUCCACCCUCCACCCCAUUCUGCUUUCCUCCCUGUCCUUUCUGGGCAGAGAUCUUCUGGUCCAAGAUCCCUGGACCACCACCGAUCCCCUGUUUAUUCAUUGGUUGGAUGAACUGGAUCCCACCUAUUUAACAGGUGAGGUCCAGUUCAUCGAACCAAUGAAUGGACAGGGCCUCUUUUGGUCCAGAGGAUCUGGCCUCGUCCUCUCCGCAGAUGCUGUCAAACCCCAAUCCACUUACCCCGCCAAACUCCCCCUCCGCCCCUCCUCCUCCUCGCUCAGCCACCUCUACCUGCCUCCUCGCUGCGCGGCCGCAUCCACCGGCUACGCCGCCGCCCUCUUAGAUGUUGCCUGCUGCGACGGAGUGCUCGACUUCAUCGAGAGGGAUGUGAGGCAGCUCCUCCGGGGCCUCCGGGCGAUCCAGGCUUUGGGGGAGAGGGCGAAGGGGAAGGUGGUGAGGAGGGUGUCGGAGGGCGGGGGGUUCUACCGGAAUCUAGUGGUGCUGGUGAGGAUGCUGGUGGCAAAGGGGAAGACUCGGCUGGUGGAAGAGGUGAUGGAGGAGAUUGGGAGAAUCUGCGAGGAGAUGAGGGGCACCCACGCGGUGGUGAUGCGGGCGAAUGCGAAGAUGGAGCAAUGA